AUGUAGAUAUUGAAAUAUCAAAGCUUUUAUUUCUUGAAUAAAUUGCAUGUUUUUUAACCAGAAAAUAAAUUAAUUAUUAACUGGAAGAUUUUUUACAUUAUUAUGUUAAUUAUAUAAUUGAUUGUCGUUCCUUUUUAAAUUUCCUUUGGAACAAUUGAUCAAUAAGUAUUCUAUAUUCUACCCAUUAUAGUAUUUUUUAUUGAUAUUUUUAUCUAAAUAAACACAGGAUAUUACGAAGAUGGGGCUAAAUAGUUAGAUAGAAAUCAUAUUUUAGGAAAUUAUAAGCAUUAAUUUUUAAUAGAUAUAAUCGUGAUUACUUCUUAUUUUAUAGGUUAUUUAAUUUCUUCUUGCUUUAUGAAAAUGUUUAUAUUUUUAAAACUUUACCAAUUUUAAAAUUUGAAAUAGGAUAUUAUUCAAAGAUAUUAAGUAGACUAAAGAUGCUCUCAUUUAUAUAGGCUCGUGAGUCUACUUUUAAUGGUAGUUUAUGUGGCUCAUGUCUGUGGGUGUAUUUUUCAUCUUAUUUCUAUGAAUGAGAUUUAAAGGGGAAACUUAUAAACUUGGCUUGUAGAUUAGUAGAUUUAACAUGAUAAUAAUUUAAUAAAAUAUUUAAAUUCUUUGUAUUUCUCGAUUAUUACUAUGGUUACAGUUGGGUAUGGAGAUAUUAAACCAGUUGCUGUUUUGGAAAAGAUUUUUGUUAUUAUUAUGGUCUUACUUGGGUCAUUGGUUUUUGCUUAUACUGUUAAUACGAUAGGGAGUAUUUUUCAAGAAUUGGCUUAAAAGGAAGCUGAUUUUAACUAAAAAAGAUAUGAAAUGUCAGUUUAUAUGAGGUCUAGGUAAAUUAAUAUUGAUAUUUAGGUUAGGGUGAUGAAAUAUAUGGAAUAUAUUAAAAGAUAAGAAGAUGAUAAUCCGAUUAAAGGAGAAUAGAUUUUGAAUUGUCUUUCUAAUAAUUUAAAAAAUGAAAUAUAGAAAGAUUUUUAUGGGAGAAUACUUAAAUCUUCAAAGCUAUUUAAUUUGAAAUUUUCGAAUGAAUUUCUUUUAGAAUUAUCAGUUUAUUUUAAAGAAAGGGUUUGUGGGCCAGGCGAGAUUGUCUAUUAAUAAGGAUGUUAAGAAGAAAAUGAUAUUUAUUUUGUAUAAAAAGGAACUGUUGAAUUAAUUAUUGAAUAUGGAAAAAAUUAAAAAUAAUUAUUUAGUGUUUAAUAAGGGAAGUUUUUUGGAGAAAAGGAAUUUUUCUACGGUAGUAUAAGAGAAAAUACAGCAAAAUGUGUAAAAGAAACUCAUUUAUUAAAAUUAGGAUAUAAAAAUUUUAUUAGCGUAUUGAAAGAAUUCCCUAAUGAUUUUGAAAAAUUUUGCUAAAUAAAAGAUUUCAUGUAAAUAUAUUCUAUAUGUGAGAAUAUUUCAUGUAUUUCUUGUGGAAAAUACAAUCAUUUUAUAACUAAUUGUCAUUUAAUUCAUUAUAAAAAAUCAAAGGAAUAAUUCCUUGCGAGAUAUACUUAUUCUUAAGAAUGUUUUGAAAGAUAAUAAUAAUAAAAGAAAUAUCGUAGGAAGGAAUUCGAAAGUUUAAAAUAGAAUUAUGAAGUAAAAUUUGCUUUGAAAUAAACAAGAAUAAAGUAUUUAGAUUAAAAAAUAGACGUUUAUUUGACUGAUAAAUAAUUUUUUAAAUAAGCUCCUCGAAUAAUAUACGAAAAUGAAGAAUUUAAAUAAGAAAUAAACAAUCGAAAAUUCAUAACUAGAUAAGAUGAUGAAGAAGAUGAAGAAAUCUUAGAAAAUCAAGGAGAAAUGCUUUUUUAAGAUGAAACCGAAGAAAACGAUGACUUUAUUUCUUCAAAUUAAACAUUACUAAAUAAUGAUAAUAAAAUAAUAUCAGAUGAAAUUGAUAUUAAUUAAGAAAAAUUAUUAAAAUCUUCUAAUAUAAAUAAUAAUUAUAUAGCUGAAGAUACAAAUUCUGAGUAAAAAAAUAAAAAAGGAUAUAAAAAAUAAUAAAAUAUUUCCUUUAUUUAAAUGAUUAAAAAAAAAUAGUCUUUAAGUCAGUUAAAUAGUAUUAAUUCUUUACCUAUUUUUUCUAAAAAAGAUACUAAAAUAUAGUCUCCAAUAUGUAAUUAAAAACUAUAGGAAUCAAAUGAAAAUAUAAGCCUACAUUUGAUAAAUGAAGAAGAUGAUAGUUAGGAAAAAAAAGAUGAAAAUAUACUCUAAAAUAUUGAAUUUGAAAAGGUUUCUUUAAAAAGUGUUGAUUUUGAAUCUUUUCCAAAUAUAGUGAAUAAAAAAAUUAAAUAAAAAUCAUUAAAGACUAUUGAAAAUUCGUUAGUUUUAAAAUAUAAGAAAUAAUAAUAGAAGACGGAAAAAAAUAUUGAUAAUUCGCUUAUAGAAAGAACUUUAUCUUAGAAAUAAUAAAACUUUUAUAAUUAAAUAGAAUUACUUAAACAACAUAGUUAUAAUAAAUUAAAUGCUAGGAGAAAUUAUAAAUUAUAGAAUAGUAUUUUUUAAAUAGAAGACAAUAAUAAUUUGAAUAAUGAUAAAUAUAAUAUUAUUUAGAAAUAAAAUAUUAAUCCUUAAAUUAAAUAAAUUCUCAAAGAUAACAAAGAUCAAAUCAAAUAAUAGAGUAGAAGCAUGACUAAUUAAAUGAUAGAAU